AUGGAGCCAAAGCGUCAUAGAGACCAGUUUUCAUUCUUAAAAAUCAAUACCAAACUUCAAAAAAAUACUGACUGCCCCCCUCCGUGAGCGAACAAAAAAACUUCUUCGCUCGCGGAGGGGGGUUGCAAAAUUUAUGUUUUAAAACGUUAUUUAUUUAAAAUUAAACAGAAUUAGCUACUAGUUAUCACUUAUAUAUCAAUUUUUUUCAAAAAAAUUUUUCGAUUAAAAAUUUUUGUUCGCUCACAGAGAGUGUUUUUUGGUCAAGAAAUAGGGAUUUUUCAAUGGUUUUGUUUGCUCACGGAGGGGGGAGUGAGCAUUUGUGGGAGGAAAUCAGGUCGCUUGGAAUCCACCCAAGUCGGCGAAGUUAUCAUUCAGCCUGCGUCUGGAGGGACAGAAUGCUGAUUUAUGGUGGUCAAAACAUCCAGGAUGGCCUGCAAAGCGGUCUAUGGGCUUUUGACCUCGAUAAUAAAAACAUUGAAAUUUGGGAAGAAUUCGAAAUUCCUGGAUUGGUGCCUUUGUGUCGGCACAGUGCGAUUGUGAAAGGGGAUUUCAUGUAUAUUUUUGGAGGAACCAAUGGAGAAAAGGCUUUUAAUGAUACCUGGGUAAUUGAUAUAUUAAAUCGGCGAGUAGAAAAAAUAACUUCAAAUCCUCCUGACUUUCCUCCGCCCCAUGACUCCCAUACAGCUACACUAUAUGAAAACGGAAUAAGCUCAUCUAUGAUCGUUUUCGGCGGUUUUGUCGAAGAAACCCGUACAAAUAAAGUAUAUACUUUAGACCUCUCUAAUUUCAAAUGAAAAUUAGAAGACACAAAUAACGGCCCAGAACCUCGAUCGAACCAUGCAGCCGUCCUUUAUCAUAACGACCUAUACAUUUAUGGAGGCUCCAGCAAUGAAGGAGAAAAACUCAGCGAUUUUUGAAGGCUAAAGCUUGAUACUUUUAUAUGAGAAAUCGUCGUCCCAAAGCAAAGAAUCCCAGCAGGCAGGUCUGGGCACUCCGCAAUUGUAUAUAAAGAUGUCAUGGUUAUUUUUGGAGGAAUGAAAGACGAGACCCAGGAGACCAAUGAGAUGUACUCUUAUGGGUUUUUGACGAAUGAUUGGACUUUGUUCCAAAAUGACCAUCAGGUAAAAGAUCCUGUUUCGGCAGCUCAGCUUGAAGAGUAUAAGCAAGCCCAUAAGUGCCAUCUUAUGUCAAGGAGGCAUACUGUGAAUUCAAAUUUGAAUAAAAAAGAAUCUUUUAGCCCGUUGACUCCAAAGCCGAGGGCUAACACAGAAAUGGAUGUAAGGACGAUCAAUAUUUCGCUGGAAGGGAGGGUACAAGGGAGAGCCCCUCAUCAGAGAGAUGGACAUUCGGCAGUUGUCCAUGAAGAUGUUAUGUAUAUAUUUGGUGGUGAUCGACAUCAGAUGCCGUUUAGUGACUUGUAUGCGUAUUUUUUGAUAGAGGAGGAACUAAAGACACCAGUUAAAAUAGAUAACUAA